GUCGAAAAGUGUAUUUCAGCCAAAAUUGUAAUUUAAUAAUAAGAAAUUUCAGAGAUGGGAGAUCUAGACAUAUCUGUGAUAAAACUGACCCAGCAAACCUUAGGGAAAUAUUUGAAGAAACCACCCUUGACGGAGAAGUUGUUAACAAAGCCACCAUUUCGCUUUCUGCACGAUGUCUUUAAUGCUGUCAUUAAAGAAACAGGUUGUUUUGAGGGUUUAUACACAGCCGAGGAGCUAAAUUCUGAUAACAUCAAGGAUCGUGACGACAAGAUGAAGUUUUUGCAGAAGAUGAUUGAUGUUAUAAAAAUUACCUCGAAUAAAACUAUUACUGUACGCACCUCAAAAAUAGUGUCAGGUCAAGAACCGGAAAAGACCAAUGAGCUACUCCAACUAAUGGGGGAGGUGAUAGAAAAGAAAUUAGACUGGAAAAAUGCUGUCGAAGAAGUUUUAAACAACAAAGGGACGACGAAAACAAUAAAUACGACAAAGCCAAAGCCUAAUGUCAGACCUGUUGAAAAAAAGAGUAAAGAUAAAAUUCAAGAAAAGUUCAAAGAUAAAGAAAGUAAACCAAAGGAUUCCAAAACGAAGGAUGCCAGAAAACUUUCUAAAUCUACCACGCCUACGACCAAAACUGAAAAACUGGUCAAACGAACUCCAGAACCAGUACACAAAUCUACGGAAGUUCGCGAGAAAAAUAAGCACGGAAAAGUGAUGAAGGAAGUGUCUAAGGAUACAAAGGAGAAUGCUGGAAAAAAUACUGAGCAAUCCAAGCCUCCGAAACACAAAACUGAUACUAAAGCCAAAAGUUCGUCCCCGAUAAAAGAAAAAGAACCUGAAAAGGAAACUGAAAAUUUAACAAGCAAAGAACGUACGAUGGCCCAGAAUACCGAUUCUACAGGAUUUGGUCCGAUAGUGAUGGAGGGAGAAGAAUUAUCUCCUAAUCAAAUUAGUUCAAAUGAAAACCAGCGACGUAACAGCAAGGUUAUCGAACAAGAAGUAUUGAAAGCAUCCAAAAAUGUAUUGGAUAAUAAUUCAACAAUGAGUAUGAGUACAGGGGUAAUAGACGCAUUCCUCGAUGUUGGAAGCAGUAAUUUAAUGCUAGAUAUAAAUACAGAGACUAUGAUUGGAUCAAAUGGCGGAGGAAGUCGUAAGUCUUCGGCAAAAUCUAAAAGAACAUCUGCAAAUAGUCGGAGAUCGAGCGCCAAGAAAGCAUCACGUGACGAGCCCGAAGCUCAAAUACCAGAAACGAAAGACGAUAAGAAAAAUGAUAAUGAAAAUUCGGGAGCGAAUAUUUUUAAGACAUUACUAGAUGAAACUUUGCAAGCGAAUGCAUGGCAAAACCAGGAGGAAGAAGCUGUACAAAUUUCAGUCACGCAAUCGCAAACACCAAAAACGGUUCAAAAGAAAAGUCCUAUUCAAACGCCAACUGCGGUGCCAACCCCAGCUCAAUCCACGCCGGGCGAAGUGCGACGCGAGUCAACAUUUACACGUGAAAACUCUCGCGAUAGCAGUAUCAACAACACAACUAAUCGGCCACGGACUUCAUUGCGUCCACCGAGUGCUCGACCAGCCUCAGCACGUCCCGGUGCGCCACGCCGACGUGAUCGCAAUAUUGAGAUUGUAUUGCAGCCCAACGAUCAAGUGAAAUUAUCCGGUACCAACGUAAAAUUGGAAUCUUUUGGAGAUUUAGAUGAUGACGGUGAGAAUUUAGUUGUCAUUGAGGAUGCCAAUACGGUCAAUAUAGCAGAAUCCGCGAAAGAAAUGCCGCGUGUCGAUGACACCGACAUGGGAAGUAACAUGGAACAACAGGGGCAUCUAGUACAACAGAUACUCGAGACGCAAAAGGAAUUUAUGCAGCAGCAAAAUGUGAAUGGUUCUGUCGGACGCAAUGAAAAGGAUAUGGAAUUAUCCAACAAUUCAUCGGUACGACAAAGCUCGGCGCGCCAAAUGAAUAGUCUCCGCGACAUCAUACAAAAUUUGACCAAGUCGGUGAACCCAUUUGGCAAGUUAAUGGAUUUCAUACCAGAGGACAUCGAUGCCAUGCAAUUGGAACUAACCAUGUGGCGAGACACGUAUACACAAGUGGCCAAUGAGCUUAGACGCGAAAAAAGCCUCACUGAGUCAGCCACGGAGCCGAUGAAAGAACAGCUUGUGCAAAUCGAAGCGAACAUCAAGGAGUUUAUGGAAAUGAUCGAUGCGAGUCGCACGAAAAUAUUGCAAAAUUCUGAGAAAAUAUUAAAAAUGCUUGCACAACAAUAG